AUGCCCAAGAAGCGACGCCACUUCCCCAAUACACAAAGCCCCACCCGAAACCGGUCCGAGAACCGCGGCGUCAACGAGCUCCUCGCCAACCUCCGCCGCCAGUCUUCUUCCUCCCCGCGGUCCGACCACUCUGCCAUUGCCGCCCCCAGCGUGCCCCCGGUCAUCCGAGAGAUCCUCCAGCUUCCUGAAACGCCCGAGCCCUUGCCUCGAUUUCGAGACCGCGCCGACGUUACCGGGGAGUACUCUCCGGCGGAUAGGAGCAUGAUCGACGUGGUGCUAAAACACGUAGCCAGGGAAUGGCGGACCCUGGGCCCGCUCGAGGAUCUGGGGCUGUGGGCACUGCCCGACCGGUCGAGGCAGGUGCUGGUCCGGUACCUCGAGGCGUAUCAUGGCCCGGACGUAGGUGUCUCGGACCUCAGGGCCAUUUUCGUCCCGGAUGGGUCAGUGGAGAGCGGCGUCUUCUCGGAGAACGCGUACCUCACGCACCUGCAUGUGCCGAGCUCAGCGUUGACAGCCUCGACAUUUCCCUCCCUCAUCAGCAUGCUCUUCCCGAAAGCCCCGGAUAGACAGGGGCUCGCGGCGCUCGAGGAGGAGCCGCAGGAUUCGUGGGAUUCCGCCGAGCUUGACUUUGCCAUGCUGUCGCUGUCCCCGGCCGCUUGCUCCCGCGCUGACUCACCUCUCCUUGCCAUUGACCCCGCCAUAUACCAGGGCCAGGGAGCGCCCGGUUCCUCGCUUGGUGUGCUGCCAUCCUGGAGGCACCUCCUCCAGUUGGCCAAGAAGAUGCCCGGCGUGACGCACCUCAGCCUCGCGUUCUGGCCGGAGCCCUCUCGCACUCCCAACGCCAAGUUUGCUUCCGUCGUGGGGCCCCAGGGGACAUCAAUCCACCAGAGCUGGUACCAGCUGCAGUACCUCGACCUGACAGGGUGCGCGGCCUGGUUCCAAGCGCUGUGGCGUAGCGAGCAGACGCUACUCGCAAGCGACGACUCGGGCGAGGAUACGGAUGGAGCGGCCUACAUGUACCUUGGUGUUCUUACGGCAUACUCUCUCCUCAAUCUCGAGACUAAUUCGAAUAUCGUGUCUGUUUAA